AUGGCACGCCAAACACUUCUUCACUCUCCACGCUCAGCAUCACCCAGUCAAAACCUCCCCAAGAGAAGCAACAGAUUCGCUCAAGUUGCAAUAAGGACUUCUUCAACGCGUGAACCGACAUCACGCCGAUUGGCAAGGUCUACCACACACCCAUUGUCACAGUUCAGUCACAUUACAUCCCCUGUCCGUACUUGGCCAUCCGCUACAAUUCCUUCAUUGUCUUCGGGGGAUGAAAGCGACUCUUCUUCGUCAAUCAGCGACAGUGAUAGCGAUUCUGAAGAUGAAGAUCGGGCUGAAGAGUAUAGUCUGCCUGAAGAACACGAGUGGCAGCGACUCAGAUCGGAACUCCUACAAUUGGCACAGAUACAACUCAAGGAGUUCAGCUCUCGUGUACAAUAUGACACAUCACCCCGAACACGGUCUAGAAUGUCAAAGUGGCAACUUGAGCCCCUCUGUUUCGAGGAAUAUCAAGAUCCCAGCGAUACAGAGCUGGUAGUACUUUGUCGCCCACCCAAGAUGAGGCGACACUUUCACCAUGCCUGCCCCUUUUAUGUCUCCGACCCGGUAAAACACAAGCAGUGUCUCCUCCUCUACAACCAACAGCCUAUCGAGGGACUCAUCGACCAUCUCACACGCCACCACAUCAAGCCCCUUUACUGCGCGAGAUGCUCUGAGACUUUUGACACACCGAUCAGUCGUGACAGACACAUCCUAGAUGACAAAUGCGACCUGCUAGAUCCAAAGCCCAUGGACGGAAUUGAUCAAUAUCAGAUAUCUAGGCUAUGGAAGAAAGACAGAUGGCACUUUGAUGAGAAAAAGCGCUGGCGACGGAUAUGGACAACCGUCUUCCCUUCACAACCACCUCGCUCACCAUACCUCGACCAAGGCCUGGGGCUAGAAGUUUCCAUGGCCAGAGACUUUUGGAGCCUUUAUGGGUGGCGAUGCGUGUCAGACUUUCUGAGUGAUCGAGGCUCAAUUAUCUACCAUGAUGAUGACGAGGAGAAAGCGCUGGAUGCGUUAUGUGACUUGGUACAAGAAGAUUUGUUGGCGGACAUAAUUGGGGGUUGUUCGGAACGUACUCGUGGAAAUAUCGCGAGAAGAGGCUGCCAGUAUAGCAUGGCGUAUAACGGCUGA